UGCUGCAGCCGCCUCGAGUUCCCGCCCGGCUCCGUCCCGCACCGCCUGGGCACCCGCAGCCUCCACCCCAGCGCUACUCUGCUCGGCCGAGGGCAGCUCCCUGCCUCUCCCGCCCCGCGCGCUGCGAAGCCCGAAGAUGGCGGCUUAUAAACUCCUCCGCAGGCUGAGCCCCGGCAUCUCCCCUCCCGCCGCCCGGGGGGCCCGCUGGGGGAGCGCCCCGGCGCUGCUGGCAGCCCAAGCCAAGAUUUGUGGCUGCUAUUUCUCUACCAGCAGUCAUCGCAACACCAAAUUCUAUACUGAUGCUGUGGAAGCAAUAAAAGACAUACCUGAUGGGGCAACUAUACUUGUUGGUGGUUUUGGAUUGUGUGGAAUUCCAGAGAACCUCAUAGGAGGCUUACUGAAGACUGGAGUAAAAGGGCUAACUGCAGUCAGUAACAAUGCAGGCAAUACACCAGUACUCUUGACUCUACCAACCUAUACCGUUGCAGAAAAAUACAAGCUUUUCACCUCCUUCUACAACCAGUUCAUUCUUACCCAGAGGAUUCCAUCUAACAAUACUGACGGACAAAAAGGCAGGGAGGUGAGGGAGUUUGACGGUCGUCACUAUAUUAUGGAGAAGUCAAUUACAGGUGAUUUUGCACUUGUGAAGGCAUGGAAGGCUGAUCGUGCAGGAAACGUUAUCUUCAGGAAAACUGCAAGAAACUUCAACCAACCUAUGUGCAAAGCUGCCAAAACAACUGUGGUAGAGGUAGAAGAAAUUGUUGAUAUAGGAUCAUUUGCCCCAGAAGAUAUUCACAUUCCAAAGAUCUAUGUCCAUCGUCUCAUAAAGGGAGAGAAAUAUGAAAAGAGAAUUGAACGAUUAUCCAUCCGAAAGCCUGAAGACUCAAAAGCCAAACAAAAGAAGGAAGGAGACAGUGUGCGAGAGAGGAUCAUCAGACGAGCAGCUUUAGAGUUUGAAGACGGCAUGUACGCUAAUUUGGGUAUAGGAAUUCCACUGUUGGCCAGCAACUUCAUCAGUCCAGACAUUUCAGUUCACCUGCAGAGUGAAAAUGGAGUCCUGGGCUUGGGUCCUUAUCCACUUGAAAAUGAGGUAGAUCCAGACCUGAUUAAUGCAGGUAAAGAGACAGUCACCGUUCUUCCAGGUUCCUCCUAUUUCUCUAGUGAUGAAUCAUUUGCAAUGAUUAGAGGAGGUCAUGUCGAUUUGACAAUGCUUGGAGCAAUGCAGGUGUCUAAGUAUGGUGAUCUGGCCAACUGGAUGAUACCUGUAA